GCAAAGCCGAGCAUCGAGAAUCCGGCUAUGAGUAUCGACUUGGAGUUGGUCAGCACGGACGGCAGCAACUUCAAGUGGAAGUGGGGCAGUAUAAAUUCGGAGUUCUUCUCAUCCGUCCCCUCUGGCGAACCUUGGCUGGCUCGCGUGCCGCAAGAAGGUCUGUGGUGCAUCCUCCGCAGCCGAAGAUGCUCCCCACAACGGGGAAUUUGAAAGACUGCCUCCCGGACCUUUGGAUCCAAUGCUUUCCGCUGGUAGAAAAGUACGGGCCUCUCGUGAAGCUGCGCAUCUUCGAUGAUGUGCUCUAUGUCGUUGCGGAUCCGGAGAUCGUGGACAUCGUGAACCAAAUCCCCGACAAGCGGCUUCCCAGCGAGGUCUUCGGCUGCCCGGCUUUGGCAGGGCAGGGCGUCUUCAUCGCCGACGGCCAGCGCUGGGAGUUCGCGCGCCAGACCUUUCAGGCGCUCUGGGGCGCUCUGGGUCCCCUGCCCCGUUUUCUCGCUGGCCCUCGGAGAUGA